AAAGGUUAGACAUUUCUUGGAUAAUAGCUUCCAACUUGCUAUCUCUUCCAUGUCUUGUUCAAUUAAACCUACCAUAACUUAACAAAAUCCAUAUAAAAAGAAACCCAACAAUCACCUAAAAAAAGAAAAAAAAGACACAAACCUUGAAUUCCAAACCCCAAUGAUCACUUUCAAAUAUUUAGUCUUCUUCCUCUCGUUUACUUCAUUGAUUGCUUCAACCCUCUCUAACUCAGAAGGGGAUGCUCUUGCUGCAUGGAAAGCUCAAUUGGUGGAUCCAAACAGUGUUCUUCAAAGUUGGGACCCCACUCUUGUAAACCCAUGCACUUGGUUCCACAUCACGUGUGACAGUAAUAACUUUGUCGUUAGAGUGGAUCUUGGCAAUGCUAAUCUCUCUGGACUGCUUGUUCCUGAACUUGCCAACUUAAAAAAUCUUCAAUAUUUAAUUGUAUAUGACAAUAAUUUGAGUGGUUCAAUUCCAAAGGAGUUGGGGAAAUUAACAAAUUUGAAAAGUUUGUUUCUAUACAACAACUACUUCUCUGGACCUUUACCAUCUUCGUUGGGAAAUCUGAGCUCUUUGUUAUUCUUUGAAGCACAAGGCAAUAGUUUUAGUGGGAUGAUUCCAACAUCGUUUGGGGCUUUGACAUCUUUGAAGAUAUUGAGAUUAGAUGAUAACAAUCUUAGUGGUAACAUCCCUUUCACUGUUUUACAACUGGUUGAGUUUGCCGAUCUUCAGCUUCUGAACGUUUCACUAAACUCGUUUUUUGGGACAACUCGUCCCACUAAUUCAUCAGAAUUGGCAGUGACUACAAUAAUACAAGACCCACUAGCUCAAAUUUAAAGUUGAAGGAAGAUGAAGAAAUGUCAAAACCUUGAGGUAAAAUGUGGGAUUAUUUCUAUCUGAACCCCAAAAACUCUUCUCAUGGAUUUUGUACGAUAAAUAAUAAGUAUUAUUAAGUCCUGUUUCUGGUUGAACACUUUUAUAAAGUAGUAGAAGAAGGUCUGCUAAUUGUUUUUUCUGAGUAGUAGUUGUGUAUGUUAUUAGACAGUAGAAGGGAGGUAAACUUUUUUGUUUGCAAUUUGAGAAGAAAUUUGGUUGA